CCCAGGAUGGCAGUGUCUGUCUAGAAGGCUGGCACCAGUGCCCGUCAGAGGGCGGUUGGGCUCGCACGUGUACCGAGCGUCGCUGCUGCCGUGUGCCAGUCAGUGCAACCUCUGGCCUUCCUCCUCUAGCACUGUUGACAGCACUACGGACUCGCAUUCGACACUCCUAGUGGAAAGAUAAACUUGUAACACAUGGAACUAAAGUAUCAGCAGUGAGAACAUUGGAAUAAUUCAGCACUGCUUGAACAUCUUCCCCUGGUCCAAUCUUCACAGUUACAGCCUCCUCCCUUCAGUGCCCUACUGAUAUUCCUUAUAUUCUUACACGUCAUCUCGCUGCAGCUCCUCUCUCCUGCAUUCUCCUGGUAUUUUCUUACCUCCCCGUUCCCUCUCCUCAUCCUCCGUACCAUUCCCUUCCUCAUAUUUAAUACAUUCCUAGCCUUCUCUUCACCGUUCCUCCCACUUCAUUAAUAAUAGUUUAAUUUAUCUAUAGCUUAGUUAUAAUUACUCUGGACUUUUCAUUUCUGUAAACUGAUAACACAAGCCAGCUGUUGCAUCAAGCCAGUGAUAAAUACACGAGAUCUAGUUUUGCUUGUAAUCCUAUCUACCAGUCACACACAAACUGACAAAAACCUUAACCCAACAGCUGGUUAUCUCUUCAUCGCAAAGCUCUUGAACUUUCUUGAAAUAGUUAUAAUAAUAGCAGAAACUCAUCUAUUCCAAAACAUCUGACUUUCCUUGUCCUUCACUCUAACUUUCCUGGUAGAACAUACAUUCCCUAUUUCACACAUAAUUUACUCAACUUUUACUCUGAUUUCCCCCACCCUUAACUUCAUCCUCAUCACUAUAACCCCUUUUUCAUUCCUCCUCAACCUCCCCUAACCAGGAGAACACAAGAAGAGGGAAGCACUGCAGUAGGCUUACUGGCCUAGCUAGCAUCUCCUCACCCAGGCCAGAGAAGGAACACUCACAGCCUAAGACUUCGAAACAUAAACCUCAAGUCUGCCUCCUGGGGUCGAGUUGAGUGACGUCAUGUGAUCAGUGGGCCGAGCAAGAUGGGCUGUAAGGGAUCCAAGUCGAAGAAGAACGCCUACGCUAGGGUCGCUCAGUACCAGAAAGAGUCGUGGGCGUUAGAGCGGUCUGUGCGACGUGCCCCGGAGCCCCUUGACUGGGGGUUAGCGCCCCCCAGCUGCCUUACGCCGGCUUCCCUACACAAUCUACUGACAGAUGGAUUCUAUGCCCCGUACUCUGCCAAUCCAGAGUACCUCUUGGUUGUGGACUGCAGGGCUCCCAGAGCCUUCACCCGGCGGCGCUUGACAACUGCGCGCUGGUGCGGCGCCUUGCACACUGCGCCCCCGCCAAACCUCGUCAACAACAUCGUACUGUAUGACGAUCGACCGCGCACUGCUCGGCCCCAGCCAGGUGACACUGACCCCUUGGCUACCCUCUACCAUGACCUCCGACGUCAGAAGCUGGACCCCUUGGUGCUACUGGGAGGGUGGACUGUGCUGGAAGCAACGUGCCCACAUCUGUUGGAGGGGGGCGAGAGCGCUCCCACGCCUGACCCCAUGCCUUGGUACCCAGCUCAAAUAGUUCCAGGGUUGUUGUACCUUGGACACGCGGAGAUGGCGUCUGAUCCGCAAGUGUUAACGGCUCUGCGUGUCACCCAUAUUGUGGAUGUGACCGAGAGCCUACCUCCUCGCGUCCUUCCUUCUAUGAACUAUCUCGUCGUUCCUGUACCCGAGGAGCCUGACUGUACUGAAAAAGGCGAGACGAAUGGUGGCACUGACCUCCUUUCCUCUCUGCCAACUAUCAUGGCGUUUGUGGGCGAGGCACGAACCUACGGAGGGUGUGUGCUAGUGCACUGUGAUCAGGGCCUUACUCGCGCCGCCGCCGUCGUCAUGGGCAUACUGAUGGCGGAGCGACAAUCUACCCUGGAAGAUGCCUUCUACUAUGUGAAGGGUGCGCGCUCUGCUGUCCACCCCAAUGCUGGCCUGCUGCAUCAGCUGGCCAGAUACGAGACUGUGUUGUUUGGUGCCUCUCUUACCCAGGUGGAAGACCUCUUCUGACCUGCACUCACUAUCAUCUUCCUCCUCAUCCGCUGUCCUGAAACCCACUGCUGCCACCAAUGCAGUUCAUGAUGUUGAUGCUAUUUAUAAACUUUUGUACCGACAAUGAUUAUCUUAUUUUAAAAUUGAGUCUGCACAUAUCGGCAGUAUAUUGCAGCCUUUGGAUCCCUGAGGGGUCAUCGUCAGCCUUGUUGUCUAUAGGACGCAGUGUUAAUGACGUCUCUCGAUGCUCAUCGUCCUUGGUCGGUCAAGUGAUACCGACAUUUGUUUGUCUUUCAUGUUCAUAAACAAAAGGAGGUAAAUUAUUAGUCAAAAUUAUUUUGUAAAUUUUUAAACUUGAGGCCACCACUGUCAAUAGUUUGCCCAUGUUUAGAUUUCGCCUACCUAAAUGAGUAGAGUAGGGUUUGAAAGUAGUUCUCUAGGAAAUAUAAUAUACUAAUUAUAUUUGUAGAUAAAAAUAAAAGAGAAACUUACAUAUAGUUAGAAUAAUUUAUCAAUCUGACUAUGAUAUGCUUCGUUAUGCAGAUGUUUCAUAUCUGACCACAUCUUUAUGGGCCCUUGUAGACAGACGAUUGCAGCUAAGAUUAUUGGACAGUUCCUUCAUACAACUUAAAUCGUAGCUUUUGUCUAUUUAACAAACCUUAUGUCAGAUACAUAUUCGCACCGAGAGCUAUUUCACAAUAGUGUCUCGGUAGCAUGAACGAUGGACUGACAAAGUUUUUCUCACGCCCUAAGUCUCACUGUUGAUAUUACACAUCUACGCUGUUGACAAUAUAUGUGGACGAGGUCAGGUCUGCCACCCAUCAGUCGUAUCAUUGCUAACUGAUGGUGUUCUCGUUGCAACAACAGGCUGCUCGAGGGAAUCAUCCUUUGUUGCAGGUACUAAUUAUUAACACCUCUUACACCUAGUGUUGUGUUGUAUUUUUUUGUAUAUAACCAGCCGUGGUCAACAGUGGAAACCUCUAUGAAUGCUAGUCUGAAGUCAGUGGCGCAGGUGGGCUAUUACAAGUGCUCGGAUCACGAGGACGUAUCCAAGACUACCAGGGGGCAAUCAAAAACAACUCCUUAGAAGACUCAUUCACUACCUGCAACAAAAAUUGUGCUACGUGCAAAGAAAACAUUGUACACUGGGUGGAUUGCUGCUCAGAGUUCCUAGUACCUUUCGAUUUAAAAAGGUCUUAAGAAACGAGUACUUGUGUUGUAACGAUGCCUCAGCACAUGAAGAUUUAACAUCUUUUCACUCUUGUUAGGCUGGUAACUGUAAAUGGCAGUAAAUUUAAGUUCACUGUGGUCAGAGCUGUAUUGUGACACUAACCAAGAAACAGUGAUGGCCCACAUAAAAUUAUCUUUAUUACUCUUUCAAAAAUACGCCAAAGACCUACCCAGAGGAAUUUUGGUGUUUCUAACAGCGACAUUGAGUUGGAACACCCGUCUGUUCUUCAAAAUGUCUUUGUUGGAAAAUAAAUCGUUUCACCAAGCGGCGACAGCGAAUGCUGAGCCUGGUGUGGUCUGUUAAUAAUUAUCAGCUCCCCACCUCACUGUGUCUUAUUUUCUAAUACUGAUAUUAAAUACGACUGAAUAAUGUCAGGGUUACUGUUAGUUUUUUCUAUUGAGUGACAGUAAACAGUAAGUUAAUCUCCUCUCGUGCUUCUAGUUGUUCAUUUACGUCAGUUAUAGUUAUAGAUGCCUGACUGUUGUAUCUAGUUUCACCUUAUAUUCAUGCCUCUUGAUAACUAAAGAAACAUCAGAAGUCGUUUUAUUUACAUUUUGCCUCUAUGCUUUUCUUGCAGAGAUUAAACUUUCUUAAUACAUACCAAAAUGUUCUUGGAUUCCACUGCAUGUGUUCCAGGACUCUACUGCAUAUGCUCUUGAAUGCCACUGCAUAUGUUCAUGGAAUCUAUCGAACGUGUCUUGGAUUCCGUUGCAUGUGUUCUUGGAAUCUCUUGCAAAUAUAUUUGAUUCCUUUACAAUGCUAUUGGAUUCCAUUACAGAUGCUUUUGGAUUCCAUUACAGGCGUUCUUGGAUACCAUUAGAUAUUCGUCGAUCCAUUAUAUACACAAAACUGACCUUAAUAGAAUAGCAUUAGACUAGUAUAUAUACAUAUAUGUGCAUUUCCAGAGUGACCAACUUAAUCCACAGUAAGAAGAGCACAUCAAUGUCAAAACAACGGAGGAACGUAGACAAUACCUCCGCCUUCCUAAAUACGUGUCAAAAGUCGCAGCGUAGUAGCCAGAACAUAGUGGAACAAAAGGCAGAUCACCUCAAGAUUCACCCCCUCUCGUCCAUGGAAAGCAAGGAAAUAUAGCUAUCUAAUAUUUGGUCUGCGAAACAUAGCAACCUAACUUUGCUAAUCCUGAUUCCCAGUCCCUAGACCCAUAUUGUGCCUCUGUAAUCUUUUGACUACCGCCCACGGGAUGGAUAUGGACUGCAAAAUAAAGCUAUAAAACUAACCUGACUAAAAUUUAUGUAAUAUAAAAUAAUUUACCUAUUUAAGAAUUUGCAUAACUAUAUUCCAUUGUUUUACUUGGGGUGGUGAAUCUUGAGGUGUGUGCAAAAAAAGGCUUAACAAUAUACCGUAGUUUUUGGUAAGUCUCAUUAAACUGUCCAUAUUUAGACUACAAACUUGGGCAAUAGUUUACGACCGCUGCUCGACCGAUUUCGUCCAUUAAUUAUAUUUUUAACUGUAAAAUAUUAAGUUGCUAUUGCAGCUGAGAUAGUAUUUUGAUGUGCAAAUUGUAAAAAAAAAAAGUAACCAAACCAGACAAUGCCCUAACGUAACCUAAUCUUAAGUACGACGUCGGCACUGGAGUCUUUGUUGACCUUCGGCCAGGCGCGUGACAACUAAUUACUAAGCGUUGACUAGCUCAGACGUGCUGCUCAUCCAAAAAUGUAUUAUUUUCGCUAUCUCCAGCAACGACAAUUAAGAUACUAUUUUUGCUAUUUCCAAAGAUAAUAAUUUGCACAAGAAAUACUUAUUCCGUAGCGUUCAUAGGUUGUAUGUAUUGUAAAUUUUAAACUAAUUCCCGAGUUCCGCCGAGCAGUAGUCUGUACUUUAGCCCAAACUUGUACAGUGAGAGAUGUGUAUAUGGAUGCAUGAAGGAGUAAAAUGGGUGAUACUUUUGUAUUAAUGUCUUGUGCCUGGUCCCUUGUCCUUGCACACAUCCCAUGCACUGGCUCGUCCGGCCCUUGUGGUGCUACAGGCAAGUCUUGCGUACAUGAAUAGAUCACUGUAUGUCACAACCACCUUCACCUGGAACCUCAACCAUUAUCUCUCCUUCCCUGUGUAACUGCCUAUUUUCGAAUACCUAUUUGAGUUUGCGGACGCGAGCUCUAGCUCUUGGUCUCGCCUUCUGACUUUCGACCGUGAAACAGAUUGAUUAUAUUUUCUAAAUAUUCAAGAAAAAUUUCGUUGACCUAUCUAGUUCCUGUAUCUAAGACUAGAAGGUAGGCUGGCCCCCACUGUAGAUAAGCAGAAAUAUAAACACAUUUAAAACAGUUGCCUUUAGAGUGUAGGCACGAUUGUAUCUAAUAGUGCGAGACUUCAGUUGGAGGGCGUAACGUCGACAGGUAAAAGACAACUUCUCGAUCACGAUAUAUACACCGUGAGGAGUAUCGUAGUGUAUAUUCGUCGAGACUUUACAGUAAUCACUAUUUUGGGGAUUUGUGUCGAUUGGUGAUAAACAGUUAACAUGCAGAUUUUAACAUUUAAGAGAAACUUUAUCCAAAUUAAUACUUUCUCUGUUUUUGCGUGAAACUUUGGCGCACAAAAGAUCGUUCUUUAUAACUGCAAAUCACUGAAGGUCCGUCAUCCCACACUUCCCCAAGGAAACCAGAGAAAAACUUACGCAAACUCUUAGAAAGGUUACAUAAAUUAUGUUUAUUUUCAUUUUGCUUAAAUUUUAGCGAGUUAAGGUUAGUCUGACAAGUUACUUUUGGGGCAAAUAAAACACAGUGAAACCCAAAAUCUGAAUACGGUAACUAUAUUUCACUACUGCUUGGGGAGGGGUAAAAAUCUACAUGUAGCAUAUUUUUUUUUUAUUCGCCGGUACUCUCCGGCCCGGGUCUUUUCCAAUAGUGGUGACCCGGCCUAUUUGACCCGGCCUAUAUUUGAACAUUAGCGAUACAAAUAGAAAUGUUUUUGGUACAAUAUACUAACAAUUAUCAAUGGACAUGCAAACAAAAAUACAAAUUUAUGAUAUAUUGUAUACAAAUUAAAAAUAUUCAAAUAACUUUUAUCGUGAAAAAAGCUAUCAGGCGGCAAACUAAAACAUCUUCGAAGAGAAAGGAAGAAAAACCGUUUUGGCACUGUACCGGCAAUUGUAUUAAGAAAUCGGAAAAGGAGAUCUAUUGACGUAGCGAGCGAAAAACCCGAUAUAAGUUAUUUUUUACUUUAUAAUUCAGUAGUAUAAAUCCUAAGGUAGGUUAUUUAUACCUCAAAUUUAUUGUGCAAUCGAUAUCUAUUGUAAAAUUAAUGCUAUUGUAAAAAAAGACUAACUUGUAAUACAAAGAUUACUGUAAAACAAUUAUAAAAAAUCUUAUUCAAAUGACUUGAUUUGUGGCGUAGUUAUUUGAUCCUCGGCAUUUCUGAUUAACCUACAAGCAUAAAAAAUUAAAUCAUAAAUAAGAAUCCCUUCAAAGUUGUAAUAGCUGCGUUAGUUAAUAUUUUACUACCGGGUUCUUGAACCUAGCGAUAGUCAUUUUUCAUGCACUGGGGAGAAAUACACGUAUCUCGAUUUUUUUUUUUUCGUGCUGCAAAAAAAAGUAAUCAAACCUAAAUUCAACCUAGUUUACAAGUUAAUUUCUAGGGUGGGUUAGGGUGGUUUAAUUAGAUUACGUUUUACCAAAAAAUAGAUUUUGUUUCGGCUGUACAAAAUAUAACUAGCAAUAUAACUAGCACCAUCGAUUAAUCUAAAUAAUGUCAGAGAAUUUACAUAAUUAAAAAUUUCGGCAAUAACGUAAACAUUAGCCGCUGCAUUUUAUAUGUGAAGUAAUACACCAGUACUGUAUUUACGAAUCUUUCGGUACGAAGACUUAUCACAAAUGAACCAAGAAUUUAAGUAAUGACACGGAGCACUACCAAGCAGGGUUAUGACUCAUGAUACUCCCUUCCCCCAAUCAAAAUCAAUCAAAAUCUUUCACUCGCACAAAGCUAACUGGACUAACAGUUUUUACCUCUUCCCCUUUCACUUCACAAAUGGUGUACACAGUUUUUCAUACUUUGAUGUAAGGCUAACCAUUAUUGUCUUGCAUCCUUCCGAAAUUGAAGCUGCCGCUCAUUUGAUUGAAACAGCCCGAUAAUUUUCAGCAUGUAUUAAUGAUGUUGGUAGAAUUAAAGACAUAGUUAGGUAAACCUAAGGACACUCGCCACUUUAGUUGCACAUGUGUCCUUUUACCUAACUUUUAACAUAAUAUGUUAGUUUCUCAAUUCUCAUAACAUUAACCACUGAUCAUUUAAUAGGCCCUAGGACGGACUAUGGCUCAUUUACAUACAGGCGCACGAGUGACUCAUAUUAAUGAGAUAAAUGAGGAUGAGAGUACAAGCCGACGCUGGCAGAUGAAGAAAGAACUACUGAGAACUCGUGACUAAGUCUCUGUUGUCACUGUUACUCCUUUUGUACAACACGCUGCUAGGUUGAAAGAGAUUUUAUGUAUAUUUCGAAGUUCAUAUCAAUCAAACGGCCAGCAUCUCAACUGUGGCGUUGCUUGAAGCUUUUAGACAAGUGGAGUGUCACUACACUUCAAAAUUCACAUGAUUUUAUACCAAACAGCUUCUCCCUUUUUUCCGGGUCUGAUGAGAGUACUCCUUACCUGCAUGUUGGUGCUACCUACGACGUACAAUUUAAUCACCACAGAUCCUGCAUGCUGAAGUCUUUUUAGAUUGUGCCGUAAAUCUUAGCAACAUCCUACAAGUUCUAUCUCUUGCUUGUAGUGGUAUGAUAAACGUAAUUGGUUAUACUGAGAGCAAAUAAAUUACACUAGUUUUAGGAUGCUCGAGGACCUUCUCAAUCCAUUAUACAGUACAUGAGACAUUUGUAAACUUACAACUAGUGAGUGAGUGAGAGUGAGUGUGUGUGUGUGUGUUACUUGUAUUUCACGGCCAAUACCUGUACGUAAAGAGUUACGUUUCUCGGGAAUUUAUCACGUACAAUGAUCAGCCAUUAGUGUUUUGUUGCGUAGUGCCCCUCAUUGUGCGCGUACAGUCCAGCAGCUACCCAGACGAGGUCAGUUUGUAUAACCUGGACUUAGCACGUUCUGCGACUCUAGUAAUCGGCACACAUGCACCUGUCUAGCGAGCGGUGGACUGUGGUGUUCUACACGUCAGGAAAAUGUCUUCCGGCGUGGAUCUUUGUCAGAUGACUUGCUCAGUAAUAAAGUAACCGCUGUCAUACUAAUGCCGGGUAUCAGUGGUUAAGUAAUCGCUUGCUUACCGGCGUUCUAUAACUGUGGCUAAGCAUCCGCUGGUGUACCCGAGCAAGUUUUACCACCUCACUGAAAAGCAAAAGGAUCGCUAAAUUAGUAGCCUACGACACCAUGCAGUGCGCGGCUUGUGUUUUCAAAGGCAGACUACAUUCCUGACUGUGAUAUGGAGGUGGUGCCCGGUAUGUUUGCGUACAGCCUAUUUGAGGGAGCUGAUAUACAUGCAUAUACGUUCUACACAGUAAAACUGCUACACAGCGCAUAAUUGGCGUAUGUCGUACGUGUUCUCUGAGUCAUGACAUGGUGUGAUCACUUGACCCACCAACUAGUGUACCAGCAUCAAUAUCUUUGACGUAUAUGCUAGGCUGUACUCUUCUAGUAAAUACCAUUGCUGCUUCAAAACAUGAGUCACAUCUCAUGCGCCCCUCUCAGAUUAUUAUUAUAUUAUAAGGGAAAUGCUAAACCCUUAGGGAUCAUUCAGCUCCAGAAGAAUGGGAAAUAAUCAGGUUUAACUCAAACCAGAUGGUAGCUUCUAUUCCUUUGAUCAAUGAAGGUUCCAGCAUAGAUGCUUAACUCGUGUUCUGAGGUGAAGGGGCCCCUUCCACAGUCCUGAAGUGUGCUUGUUAUUCUAUUCGUCAGGGACAUGUUGAGGUGAUUUGUUAUAUCCUGUGCCGAGUCUUUAUGAAUAUGUCGAGUUGAGACUAAAGGAAAGAUUUGUUUCAUGUCACGUGAGGAAAAUGUAGCCUUGCAGCAACACUGUGGCUAAGAUAACUUAUGUCUUAGCACGUAGACUAAGGUGACCAAUAAAGUCUUACUACUGAGGUUAAGGUGGCCGACAAGUUCUUACUACUGAGGCUAUGGUGACCACUAAGGUCUUCGCACUAAGACUAAGGUGGUUUGUAAAGCCCUAGUACUAAGGUUAGUCGACUUGAGAGAGCUCAAGCAAAGCAGUGGGAGAUUAAGACUCGUACUUAAGAAGCGAUGUAUCGAGUCCAAAAACAAGGCUAAUGAGACCUAUGCUGCGGCUAAGAUAAUCUAUAGAAAGUUAUAUAGAGUGUAAGGUGAUUUCAAGGUCUACUGAGGCAAUUUAGUGGCCUGUCGAGUCCGAUACUGAG